AUGCAGUCCAAUGCACGACGCGGCGGCCUCGUCUCUUCCGACAUCAAAUCGUCCAUCGCGCUACCCCGUCGCCGAAUCAAGGCCAUCGCCACCUGGCUUCUGAACCACCACCCUAUCCACAGCCAUCCCGUCACUCAAGCCCCAUCCGACCCAUCAUCCCCCAUCCGCAUCGUCUGCGUCUCCGACACGCACAACACGCAGCCCGCCCUGCCCCUCGGCGACAUCCUCGUCCACGCAGGCGACCUCACCGAGAAUGGCUCCUACGCCGAGCUCGGCGCGCAGCUCACCUGGCUCGCCGAGCAGCCUCACCCCCACAAGGUCAUCGUCGCCGGCAACCACGACGUCCUCCUCGAUGACGCGUUCCUCGCACGACAUCCCGCCCGCCGCUAUGGCGACACGCGCACCAAAGACGACCUUACGCUGGGCCCUCCCCUGACCUAUCUGCAGGACUUCCCAGCGAGCGUGAGCGUCACCGGCCGUGAUGGCGCCGAGAGGCGACUUGUCGUAUACGGCAGCCCCUGGACGCCGGCCUACGGCGUUUCCGCCUUCCAGCAUGCUCGCGAUGAAGACCCCUGGGAUGGCGUCGUUCCGGAAGGCGUCGAUGUGCUUCUCACCCAUGGGCCGCCUCGUGGACACCUCGACCGCCGUGACUUUCACGACGCUGGAUGUAGCUAUCUCGCGGCAGAGGUCUUCCGCGUGAGGCCGCGGCUGCACGUCUUCGGGCAUAUUCAUGCCGCGUGCGGCAGAGAGGAUCUCGUCCUAGACCGGGCGAGGAGGAUUCACGAUGAGGUUUACGCCGGCUGGGCAAGUUGGCCCGCCGUAGCUCUCCUAGCGGCGAAUGUGAUGUUCGCAAACAUACAGUGCCUGCUUCUUGGCAGGAAGAGAAUGCUGGCAAGAGAGCGCGUGACGACAUUUGUAAACGCCGCUGUCGUGGGUGGGCCACACAGCGAUCUGGUCAACGGGGCCGUCGUGGUAGAGCUUUGA